GAUGAACUGUCAUGUAAUAAAAUGCCUCCUUCUUCCCAAAAGACUCGUUUUGGCGCCAAUUUAUGUAGAAAAAGAUAAACCAUUCAGACGUAACAUUUACAAAUAUUAUCCAAUAUUUUUCAACAGAGUGCGAAAAUGGUGUCGAAAACUCCUACGAAGAAUUACGUUAUCAAGAGAAAUGGUCGAAAGGAGGAAGUACACGUUGAUAAGAUCACCUCACGAAUCAGGAAAUUAUGUUACGGCUUGAACAUGGAUUUUGUGGAUCCUGUAUCCAUAAUGUUGAAAGUGAUCAGUGGGUUAUACCCUGGAGUAACAACUGUAGAGUUGGAUACAUUAGCUGCAGAAACCGCUGCAAUGAAGACUGUGGACCAUCCAGAUUAUGCCACCCUUGCUGCAAGGAUAGCAGUCUCAAAUUUACACAAAGAGACCAAAAAACAGUUCAGUGAGGUAAUAGAUGAUCUCUACAACAUGACAGAUGCAAAAACAGGCAAAAAAACCCCAAUGAUCUCAGAUUUCCACCACUCUAUAAUUAUGAAGAAUGCAGACCGUCUCAACUCUUGUAUCAUCUACAAUAGAGACUUCAACUACAACUACUUUGGUUUCAAGACAUUAGAGCGCUCUUAUUUAUUGAAGAUCAAAGGAAAAAUUGCUGAGAGACCUCAGCAUAUGCUGAUGAGAGUAGCUAUUGGCAUUCAUGGUGAAGACAUAGAUGCAGCUAUAGAGACCUACAACCUCCUCUCAGAAAAAUACUUCACCCAUGCAAGUCCAACACUGUUCUCAGCAGGAACUCCUAAACCUCAACUGAGUUCUUGUUUCCUGCUUAUGAUGCCUGAUGAUAGCAUAGAGGGAGUAUUCCAAUGCCUGCAGAGGUGUGCCUACAUCUCCAAAUCAGCUGGAGGGAUCGGAGUUAAUGUCCAUAACAUCAGAGCAAAAGGAACACCAAUUGGCAGUAUUAACACAUCUGCAGAUGGGCUGACUCCAAUGCUCAGAAUGUUCAAUAACACUGCUAGAUAUGUGGACCAAGGAGGCAACAAGAGACCUGGUGCUUUUGCUAUGUACUUGGAACCUUGGCAUGCUGACAUUUUCGAUUUCCUGAACCUGAAAAAGAAUACAGGAAAAGAGGAGGAGAGAGCCAGAGACUUAUUCUAUGCGCUGUGGAUUCCUGACUUGUUCAUGGAGCGUGUAGAAAAGGAUGGCGUUUGGUCUUUGAUGUGUCCUCAUAGAUCUCCAGGCCUGUCUGAUUGCUGGGGUGAAAAAUUCAAUGAGCUGUAUACAAAAUAUGAAGCUGAAGGAAAUUAUAUUAGACAGCAGGUAAGGGCCCAGGAGCUAUGGAAGGCAAUCGUGGUUUCCCAAGUUGAAACAGGAACUCCAUACAUGCUAUACAAAGACGCCUGCAAUCGUAAAAGCAACCAGCAGAACCUUGGCACGAUUAAGAGCAGCAACCUGUGCACAGAGGUUGUCGAAUACACCUCCCCGGACGAAGUGGCUGUGUGCAAUUUGGCGUCUAUUGCCGUCAAUAUGUUUGUCAGUAAUAAUAGGAAGACAUAUGAUUUCGAGAAGUUGAAGCAAAUCACUAAGGUUGUCACUAAGAAUCUGAAUAAAAUCAUUGACGUCAAUUAUUAUCCUAUUCCUGAGGCGAAGACGUCCAAUAUGAGACAUAGACCCAUUGGCAUUGGUGUACAAGGUUUGGCUGAUGCUUUCAUACUACUCCGAAUGCCAUUUGAAAGCCCUGAGGCGCGACUUCUUAAUCGCCAAAUCUUCGAAACUAUUUACUAUGGAGCGCUAGAAGCUAGCUGUGAAAUUGCUGAACGAGAAGGUCCUUAUUCCACCUAUGAAGGCAGUCCUGUUAGCAAGGGUACUCUUCAAUAUGAUAUGUGGGGAGUAACUCCAACAAAUUUGUGGGAUUGGGCUAAGUUGAAAGAAAAAAUUGCUAGACAUGGAAUUAGGAAUUCGCUUUUACUCGCCCCAAUGCCUACAGCUUCUACUGCCCAGAUACUAGGCAACAAUGAGUCCGUAGAACCCUACACUACCAACAUAUACACGCGACGAGUGUUAGCUGGAGAAUUCCAGGUGGUAAAUCAUCACUUGCUAAAGGAUCUGACAGACAGGGGAUUGUGGGACGACACAAUGAAGAAUCAAAUUAUUGCAAAUUGUGGGUCGAUCCAGAAUAUCCCAAAUAUUCCUGAUGAUCUGAAGGCUAUCUACAAAACCGUGUGGGAGAUAUCGCAGAAGGUGGUUCUUGAAAUGGCUGCAGAUAGAGGUGCAUACAUCGAUCAAAGCCAAAGCUUGAACAUCCACGUAGAAAAGCCAAGCUAUGGCGUCCUAACCUCCAUUCAUUUCUAUGGAUGGCGAAAAGGACUAAAGACUGGCAUGUACUAUCUCAGGACCAAACCAGCUGCUAAACCAAUCCAGUUUACGGUAGAUAAGGAAAAAUUAAUUGUUAAGAAUAAAAAUAACACUAGUAGCGAGAAAGAAACAGUGAAAACUCUGAACAAGAUGGUUGAAAGUAUGGAGAGAGUGCAAAUUAGAAAUAGUGAGAAUGAGAAAGAGAAGGUAGCUGCGAACGGAAAUAAAAAUUGAAGAUGUGAGAAUGAUAGUAGUUUAUAGUGUGAUACAAGAACUGAACUAGUAUUUGUAAUCUACAUUUAUUAGUGCCUUAAAUGCCUUAACAUUGAGUCGCUGGUAACUUACGCUGGCUCAAUACUGUGAAAAAUAUCAAUAUUAUUAUAACCUCGCAUUUUAGAACAUUAUUUUUAGUUUACAUUUAAUUAAUUUCAAAUCAAUUUUGUGAGGUACCAAAGAAAACAAAUUUAUUUUGUAAAUAAGCCAAAUAUUAGUUUAUCGAAAUUCAAGAUUCGCCUCAUUCAGGAUUUAUAUUCAAGGAUGUUUUAGAGGAAUAAUAAUUAUUCUUUCCGAAACUUCGUAAAUCAUGUUUUUUAAGAAAAUGUGAUGAUGUGUCUGCAUUUUUUGCUACAAUUAUAAAAUGUUUUUAUUCACAUCAAAAAUGCCAACAAGAAGCCUGUUUUUUAUGUUUGAGUAAACUUUGACUUCUAAGCUUAUACAAUAGUUUUUCUACAGCUUUACUUUUAGUUUUUAUCUAUAGAAGUCAAAUACUUCAAAAUGAUGGCUUUCAUAUAAGGCAGUCAGUCUUACUGAAGUAUUUUUCACGAGUAUCCAUUACGUGAACCGUGACAACAAAUAGCAGCUGAUUAUGUGGUAAUGUUUCAAAAUUCCCAUAUCGACAAGUGACGCACAAUUCUGACGGAUCAGUCAACGCUAGAUCUGUAGGCAGUCAUAUUUUGUUGUGGUCUCUUGUACACUAUGGUUUCCAUACUUCCCAACAACGCAUUUAUUUAGAAAAGUUACAAGCAAAAUGGCUGCUAAUAAUCAUGACUAUAUUUCAAGUCAGGAAGGAAUAAAAUAGUAUAAACAGUUUCUUUGCCUUACAUAAACAGCUCUGAAUACGAUCCUAAGUUUUACAAGACUUCACACCUCAUUUAUUAUUGCCAACACUACACACUUUAAUACAAAGAUGUCCCUUGGUGAUCUCAGUAGACGUCAAAACUGAAUGGGUACUCGUGAAAAAUAUAUUAACAUAAUUCGUUUCUAGUUUAGGCUCUUUAGGCUUUAUUAUAUUUUUUCUAUAUCUCUAUUAUUGCUUUUGUAUUUGUAUGUACCCUAUCUUUUUAGUGGCUAAGGAGUUUGGACAAGUUACAAUUUUUGUUCAUACAUAAGACCUUUUGUACCUUUUAGUGAGAAUAUAUUGAAUUUUUACAAUGAAUA